AUCUUACAAGAUAAAUUCAGUUUGGCAUUUCAAUUUUAUUUUAUAAAUGUAACCAGCCUUAUCUUCAGAUCAUCUGACGUUACAUGUUAGAAGACUAAUUAAAACCUCAUCGGAACUGAAGCUGCGUUCCGAUGGGGCACUGUAUCCUGCGAGAGAGGUAAUGAGAUGAGAAUCGAUCCAGCUACGCCUCAUUCGAACACCGAAGCCCGAAUGCGUUCAAUCUGUUUGUUCAUAUUCCUCUUUGAGCUAGCUCACUUGCGCCAUCGUUCCCCUGCACCGCCGGGAUGCGGAGCGCCGGCACCGUCCUCCUAAAUCGCUCAGAUCAUCUCACGUUACCUUUAAGAAGACUAAUUCUAGAGAGAAAAAAAACCUCAUCGGAAGUGAAGCUGUGUUCCGAUGGGGCAUUGUAUCCUAAGAGCGAGGCAAUGAGAUGAGACUAGCCUCCGCUCGAUCCAGCCGCGCCUCCUUCGAGCACCACAGCCCGAAUGCGUUCAAUGUGUUGUUCAUGUUCCUCUUUGAGCUAGCUCACUUGCACCAUCGUUCCCUUGCACCGUCGGGAUGCUGAGCGCCGACACCGUCCUCCUAAAUAGCUCAGUACAAAGCUUUUGUAGGGCCACCCGAUCCAGCUCCAGUAUUCUUUCUGUUGCAGUUAUGACCCAUGCAUUCCUCCAUCCUUCCAAAUUAGUCCUCUCAAGAAAGAACUACGAAGGCUACAUCCCCGGAACCAUCACUUCUUGCCUCGCUCAACCAUCGCCUUCGUCUUUGCCAUUUACAUCCCGCCUCACAUCCUUCGAUCCACCACAGCGUUCUGAAGAAUGGUUCACUCUUCGGAAGGACAAGCUAACCACCAGCACCUUCAGCACCGCAUUGGGUUUUUGGAAGGGAAACCGCCGAUCCGAACUGUGGCAGCAGAAGGUGUUUGCACCCGAAUCCAACACACUUGAAGCAUCCGCCAUGGCUGCGAUGAAUUGGGGAGUAGCCAACGAGUCUGCAGCAAUCGAAUGCUACAAGAGCAUGACAGGCCAGGAUGUGAGCUUCUUAGGAUUUGCAGUGCAUGCAGAAGCGACAUCCGAGUGGCUUGGCGCCUCCCCUGACGGGCUUGUGGGUGCUGGGAUAUUGGAGGUGAAGUGUCCUUACAACAAGGGGAAGCCGGAGCUGGGGUUGCCAUGGCAAGCUGUGCCAUACUACUACAUGCCUCAGGUUCAGGGCCAGAUGGAGAUAAUGGACCGGGAUUGGGUGGAUUUGUAUUGCUGGACGCCGAAUGGAAGUGUCGUGUUUCGGGUGUUUAGGGAUCGCGAGUACUGGGAGUUGAUGCAUUGGAUGUUGCAGGAUUUCUGGUGGGGGAGUGUCAUGCCGGCGAGGGAGGCGCUGAUGAUGGGGAAGGAGGAGGUGGCAAAGGCUUAUGAGCCUCAACCAAAGCAUGAUCUGACUGGUAGGAUAAUUGGUAAGAGCAGAAAACUUGCUGCUCAGGCGAAAAUGUUGUGCCGUGAUAUUGGAGGACACGUGGAGUUCUUUAGGUGAUAUUGCUGUGUUUGUGGAUCAUGGGUGAUGUUUAGGCUCUAUUUAUCAAAUAUGUAUUUGAUUCAUUGUUAUAUAAUGUUUAUUAUUGUUUCAACAACUGUAUUCAUCGUUGUAGAUCUUAUUCAGUAUGAUUUUAUUUUA